AUGAGGGUGAACAAGAAAUACUCCUGUCUACCUGCUGAGGAGAAGGGGAUCCACAUUAUCAACAUCCGAGCUAUUGAGGACAUAGGAUAUGACCAGCACGAGAGUACAUUAUUAAAUUCCCUGUCCAAAAAUCCAGAUGCCGACUGCAAAUAUGGACUCUACUUCAGAGAUGGCAAGAGAAAAGUUGACUACAUCCUCGUUUAUCAUUACAAGAAGUCCUCGUCAGGGAAGAUGCUCUCUAGGAGAGUUCAUCAGAAUGAUUCGAGUGUCCGAAGCACCAAGCAGGACCAGCCACUUCCUGGGAAGGGAGUGCAGCUGGAAAUGGGAGAAAGUGAACCUCACGUGGAUUACCACGAAGAUGACAAGAGGUUUCGCAGGGAGGAGUAUGAAGGGAACCUCGUGGAGGCUGGUCUGGAACUGGAACGUGAUGAGGAUACUAAAAUCCAUGGGAUUGGAUUUGUAAAAAUACAUGCACCCUGGAAGGUAUUGUGUCGAGAGGCAGAAUUUCUUAAGCUCAAGAUGCCAACAAAAAAGGUGUAUCAGAUCAACCAGACCCAUGGCCUUCUGAAAAAGAUUAAUUCUGUCAUUCAAAAAAUAACAGAGCCCAUCCAGCCCAAAGUGGCAGAGCACAAACCUCAGACGGUGAAACGCCUCUCCUACCCCUUCUCCAGGGAGAAGCAGCACUUAUUUGAUUUAUCUGACAAAGAUUCCUUCUUUGACAGCAAAACAAGAAGCACUAUAGUCUAUGAAAUAUUGAAAAGAACAACAUGUACCAAAGCAAAAUACAGCAUGGGGAUCACCAGCCUGCUUGCCAAUGGAGUUUACAGUGCUGCAUAUCCCUUGCAUGACGGUGACUAUGAAGGUGAAAACGUGGAACCUAAUGACAGAAAACUGCUGUGUGAGGAAUGGGCAAGCUAUGGAGUCUUCUAUAAAUACCAGCCAAUCGACCUGGUGAGAAAAUACUUUGGAGAGAAGAUUGGUCUAUAUUUUGCCUGGCUGGGAGUUUAUACACAAAUGCUCAUUCCGGCUUCAAUUGUAGGGAUUAUCGUUUUCCUCUAUGGCUGUGCAACUGUGGACGAGAAUAUACCCAGUAUGGAGAUGUGUGACCAGAGAAACAAUAUCACCAUGUGUCCCUUAUGUGACAGAACGUGCAGUUACUGGAAGAUGAGCUCAGCUUGUGCGACUGCUCGUGCAAGUCAUCUGUUUGAUAACCCUGCAACUGUCUUCUUCUCAGUCUUCAUGGCUCUCUGGGCUGCCACCUUUAUGGAACACUGGAAGAGAAAACAGAUGCGUCUCAACUACAGGUGGGACCUGACUGGGUUUGAAGAGGAGGAGGAGGCAGUCAAGGAACAUCCAAGAGCAGAAUAUGAAGCUAAAGUUUUAGAAAAGUCACUGAGAAAAGAACACAAACAUAAAGAGAAGCACCGAUAUUUCCCAGAAGAGACAGCAAACAAAUGGAGACAAAGAGUUAAGACAGUCAUGGCUGGGGUGAAAUUGACAGAUAAAGAAAAGCUGACAUGGAAGGAUCGUUUCCCAGCCUACUUAACCAAUUUUGUUAGCAUCAUCUUCAUGGUUGGGUUGACGUUCGCUAUAGUGUUUGGAGUCAUCAUAUACAGGAUCUCGACGGCGGCAGCAUUGGCCAUCAGUUCCACUCCCUCGGGGCGGUCGAGUGUUCGGGUCACUGUCACUGCCACCGCAGUCAUCAUCAACUUGGUGGUCAUCAUCAUCCUGGAUGAAGUGUAUGGCUGCAUUGCCAGGUGGCUGACCCAGAUUGAGGUGCCAAAAACUGACAAGAACUUCGAGGAGAGGCUGAUUUUCAAGGGCUUAGAAUUUGUUGGACGUCCAGGAGACUACGUCUACAUUUUCCAUUCUUUCCGAAUGGAAGAGUGUGCUCCAGGCGGUUGCCUAAUGGAGUUGUGUAUCCAGCUCAGUAUCAUCAUGUUGGGCAAGCAGCUGAUUCAGAACAAUUUAUUUGAGAUUGGCAUCCCAAAAAUGAAGAAAUUGAUACGAUACUUGAAACUAAAGCGUCGGCGUUCUUUGGACCAUGAAGAGCACAUGAAAAAAAAGCAGCGUUAUGAAGUGGACUACAACCUGGAGCCUUUUGCUGGACUUACCCCUGAAUAUAUGGAAAUGAUUAUCCAGUUUGGGUUUGUAACUUUGUUCGUUGCAUCCUUCCCACUGGCACCUUUGUUUGCUUUAUUGAACAACAUCAUUGAAAUCCGUCUAGAUGCAAAAAAAUUUGUUACUGAGCUGAGGAGACCGGUAGCAGUGAGAGCAAAGGAUAUAGGAAUCUGGUAUAAUAUCCUCAGAGGAAUUGGAAAACUUGCUGUCAUCAUAAACGCAUUUGUGAUCUCAUUCACAUCCGACUUCAUUCCACGCCUCGUGUACCUGUAUAUGUACAGUGAGAAUGGCACCAUGCAUGGCUUCGUCAACCAUACACUAUCCUCUUUUAAUGUCAGCGAUUUUCAAGCAGGAACAGCUCCAAACGACCCCUUGGACCUUGGCUACGAGGUUCAGAUCUGCAGAUACAAAGAUUAUCGAGAACCUCCCUGGUCUGAAAACAAAUAUGACAUUUCAAAGGAUUUCUGGGCUGUUCUAGCAGCAAGAUUAGCAUUUGUGAUAGUUUUCCAGAACUUGGUCAUGUUUAUGAGUGACUUUGUUGACUGGAUUAUCCCAGACAUUCCCAAGGACAUUAGCCAGCAGAUUCAUAAAGAGAAAGUUCUCAUGGUGGAGGUCUUCAUGAGAGAAGAGCAAGGGAAGCUGCAAAUGCUAGAAACCUGGAAAGACAAGGACAAGAAAACAGGUGAAAACUGUAACAAUCACAGCCCCAGACUCUCCAGGAGCCACAGUGGGAGCUUGUCCUCCUGCCAUUCAUAUCCUCUGGAUGUGUAGAAGAGGAGGGAGCUGAGGAUGUUGGGGCAUUCCACUGAGACACAAGCCAUCGCGUAAAGGGCAGGACUCGAGUAAUGGACAACCUGGUGCAUGUUGAAGGAUGUGCUGCCAUUUUGCUCCCAUCUUUGUGAGAAAUGCCCUUCUUGCAAACAUGGAGGACCACAUUCUAUUUCUGAUAAUGUUGUUUUUUUCUUUUGCACAAGCAGUAAUGCAGGGAAUUUUUAUAUUUCAUGGUUAGGUCACACUAUU